AGAUUUUUUUAAAAUUUUGAGAAUCUGAAGAUUCGAAGAACUUCCGAUAAUCAGUGAAGGCUAGGGUUGAAUCUUAUCAUCAAUCUUCUCCUUCGGCUGCGCGAUUGAGCAAUCUUGUCUGAGAAAUUAUGGCAACGCUAAACCUCGUCUCCUUUCCCAAACCCCUAAUUUCAAUCCCUAAACCAAAAAGCCCUAAUUUUCCAUUUCCGUCGUCCUCCCAGUUAUUCCUCCGCUGCGCUCCUCGGCAUCCGAUUAAAUCAAGAACUGGUGAUGUUCCGGCCGUCGGAGCGUUGACCGAUGGGGAUUACUCUUCGAGGAGGAGCAGCAGCAGCGGCGGUGAGGAAAGGGAAACGAUAAUGCUACCCGGCUGUGACUACAACCACUGGCUAAUUGUGAUGGAGUUUCCCAAAGAUCCUUCACCCACCAGGGAGCAAAUGAUCGACACCUAUCUCGACACUCUUGCAACUGUUCUUGGCAGCAUGGAAGAGGCAAAGAAGAACAUGUAUGCAUUUAGCACGACGACAUACACCGGUUUUCAAUGCACCGUAUCCGAAGAAACGUCUGAGAAAUUCAAGGGACUACCCGGCGUCCUGUGGGUUUUGCCUGACUCAUACAUCGACGUCAAGAACAAAGAUUACGGAGGAGAUAAGUAUAUCAAUGGAGAGAUAAUUCCUUGCCAAUACCCGACGUACCAGCCGAAGCAGUCGAGAGGUGGCUCGAAACAGAAGAGCAAGGCUUAUGUUAGACGAAGGGACGGCCCUCCUGCUGAAGGAAGACGCCCAAGGCAAGGCGCCGCGCCGGAAUCUGCGUCGUAAUUCGACCAGUUUCGAUGUCGUGUACACCAAACAUGGAAUUGAUGGAUCGAAUUUGAAACUUGCCAUUGAUGAAUUAGUCAGUUUAGUGUUCUACUUUGUUGUUAUUAUUCCCUGUCUGAGCUAUUGUUGUCUUAAUGGUUUGGAAACGGGAAAGGGGGCUGUAGUAAAGGAUUGAGAAAAGUUCAUCUAUUAGUCUAAACCUUUACUUUUU